AUUCAUUGGAUAAGCCUGUCUUUCUUUUCUAACCUCAUUCUCUCCAAACUCAACUCCAUGGACUGAUUUUUUCUCUUCGAUUCUUUGACAUUAUAACAACUCAAACACCCACUUCAUCUCAGACCACCAACAUGGCAGCAGCAGUCACUUCUGUCUCAUUCUCACCCAUUUCCCAAUCCUCCGCCGACAGAAAAUCAAUCGGCUACUCUUCAAAUUUCGAUUCUUCCCGUUUACGCCUGAGUUUUUCAUGUCAAUACGCCGGCGUCGCUCUUAAAGCUUCCAAUUCCACUCCUCGCAUGCUUAUUCAUUGCGUCUCCACUGCUACAGAUGUGCCGCCUACUGUAGCUGACACCAAGUACAAUUUUCUCAAGUCGUACAAGAAACCUAUUCCGAGUAUAUACAAUACUGUUCUUCAGGAGCUUAUUGUGCAGCAACAUUUGAUGAGGUAUAAGAAGAGUUAUCGCUAUGACCCUGUCUUUGCCCUUGGUUUUGUUACUGUCUAUGAUCAACUCAUGGAAGGGUAUCCGAGCGAUGAGGAUCGAGAAGCUAUCUUCCAAGCUUAUAUAAAGGCCUUGACCGAGGAACCCGAGCAGUAUAGAAUUGAUGCAAAAAAGUUGGAAGAGUGGGCACGGUCUCAAACUUCAAGUUCGUUAGUUGAAUUUUCAUCCAGAGAUGGUGAAGUGGAGGGGGUAUUAAAGGACAUUGCAGAGAGGGCUGGGAAUGGGAGUUUCAGCUACAGUCGUUUCUUUGCUGUCGGGUUAUUUCGCCUUCUUGAGCUUUCAAAUUCUACCGAUCCCACAGUACUAGAAAAGCUCUGUGCAGCUUUGAAUGUCAAUAAAAGGAGUGUGGAUCGGGACCUAGAUGUAUACCGCAACCUCCUUAAUAAGCUGGUUCAAGCAAAAGAGUUACUUAAGGAAUAUGUGGACAGAGAGAAGAAGAAACAAGAAGAACGGGUAUCAUCUCAAAAAGCUAACGAGGCGGUCAAAAGUUGUAUAGGAGAGCCCCAAAAUGUAAGCUUAUAGGUAGCAAGUCUCACAAUAUUCGAUGACUCGUCUCUCCAUUUGCGAGGGAGAAAUUUGAAGCUUCUGUUUGAUUUGACAUCAUUGAUCAGCUUGUGAGCAUGCAUUUGUAAUCCAGUUGUUAUGAGUAUGGUAAGUACUAGUACAUGUCUUAACAGUACUCUGUUUACAUGUUAUUACAAAGAAUUUUCCUUUGUUAAUACUUAAUACCUCAAUUUCAGAA